GCAGACCCGCUCAAAGAAUUCUUCCGGGAUCAUAAUAUCAAUUCUCUCGUUUCGCUUUCUACGUCCUUCCCGAUUGUGUUCUUGAAUUCUCAAUUUUCGAUAUUGUUAGAGUUCGACCUCUUGGAAUUUCAGGUUUGCUGCUAUAUCUCUCUCAAUCAAGGCUGCCUUGUUAUUAUUUUGGGUUGUAUAGAAUGAACAUCGAAGAAGCUAUAAUUACCAAGUUCGUGAUCAUCCGAUCCGGUUUUUUCUAUGCUUGGACACAUAUUAAGGUUCUCCUUUUAUUAAUCUUUCUCGUAGGUCUAGUUUUAGGGUUUCAAGUAGAGGAUGUUGCUAUCGGUUAAGGAUCGGAGAAUGAACUUUUAAUUUUGUGGAAUAUCAAGAUCACUCUCACUUAUUCUUCAAGAUUUAGUGUACUUUGGAUUUGGAUGAAGUUUUGCUUGUUUGGAUAGGAUUAGUGUUGUUCCUUUCUUCUUUCUUUUAUUUUCUUACUUGGAAUGGGAGCAUCAAAGUGUUCGACGCAAUUUGGUCCUUCGUCAUGUGUUCUCGUAUUUUAAUAGUUUGUCGAUGUUCUUGGUUCCUUGAAAAAUUCUGAUUUUCUCGCCUGCAACUGAUGCAACGGUCAGAGAUUGUGGAUUUAGCUUCUGAUAUUUGGAUUUUUGAUGGGACCGUUUAUAAUUUGGAUCGUCUUUGAAGAAACGGUUAAUAUGUCUGUGUUGUUCAUUGAUUCUUUCUCUAUAUCUUUUUCAUUAUAGUAUGGACGUUAAGGUACCCAGGGGACUCUCAUGUCAAAGGGAAAAAUCAUCCUUACUUGUUGGACGGCAGCCUUCUAGCGGCAUAUUAUGUAAAUUCGAUAUGGUUGGAAAGUGCAAUAGAAACCCUUGUAGGUUUUUGCAUUCACAACCACCAACCCCUACUAUUAACCCUGAAAUUUCAACUGAUUUACCUGAAAACCGGCCAAGGAAGCAUCCCCCCAACUUUAGUAGCGGAAAGAAUGUAUGGAUUUCCCCUGAUUAUAACAGACCUAAGAUCUCUUUGGCUUCUUCUACUGGAAAUGUUGAGUCAGGAAACGAAAUAAGCACUUUGAAGACACCACCAAAGGUCUGUCAACACUGGCUAUCUGGAAAUUGUGUGAAAGGUGAUAGCUGCAGGCUUAUACAUUCAUGGUUUUGUGGGACUGGGAUCUCAAUGCUGGCAAAACUUGAUGGGCACAAGAAGGCUAUUAGUGGGAUUGCCCUUCCUGUAGGGUCAGACAAGCUUUAUUCAGGCAGUAGAGACGGAACAGUACGACUUUGGGACUGUCAUACUGGCCAAUGUGCUGGUGUAAUCAAUCUUGGUGAAGAAGUUGGCUGUUUGAUUUGUGAGGGGCCAUGGAUCUUUAUAGGCAUGCCCAAUGUUGUUAAGGCAUGGAACAUUGAGUCCGCAGUUGAAUUUAACCUUAAUGAACCAGUCGGCCAAGUCUAUUGCAUGGUUGUUGCUAAUGAAAUGUUGUUUGCUGGGGCACAGGAUGGUGGUAUUUUGGUGUGGAAAGGCAGUCCUGGAACUGAGAAUCCUUUUCUUCUUGUGGGAUCUUUAAGAGGUCACUCUCACGAUGUGACAUGUUUAACUGUUGGGCGCAAAUUGCUUUACUCUGGUUCCAUGGACAAUACAAUAAGGGUUUGGGAACUUGAUACUUUACAGCCUGUUAUGACACUCGACAGUCAUACUGAUGCACCAAUGUCUCUUCUAUGCUGGGAUCAGUAUCUGUUAUCCUGCUCCCUGGAUCAGACGAUAAAAGUUUGGGUUGCUACAGAAGGAGGAAACUUGGAAGUAACCUAUACGCAUAAUGAAGAACAUGGUGUGCUUGCACUCUGUGGGUUCAAUGAUUCAGAUGGACAGCCAGUAUUACUAUGUGCUUGUAAUGACAAAACUAUCCACCUCUAUGAGUUACCAUCGUUCACUGAGAGGGGCAGAAUAUUUUCAAAACGUGAAGUUAGAGCAGUUCAAAUUGGUCCUGAUGGCCUCUUUUUCACUGAUGAUGGAACCGGGAUGUUAAAUGUAUGGAAGUUGUUGGCAAAGUCAAAUAGUGUAGAUGAGCAUCACUGAAGUUUGUACAAGAAUUUGCCUUAUUUUAUAAAAGUUCUCCAUGGCUUCCAAGGAGGCAUUUGCUCACUUCCAGAGCUGUUACUGAUUCUGUUUCUUGGUACUGUGCCUUUGUAGUUGUAGCUCUUAUAAAUCUAUUAGUUGGUGUUUUAGUCGAAAUAAAUAUUCAAGUUGUAAAAAUUGUUUUUCAUCCAUCAUCAUAAUUGUUUAAUUUAUAUGGGUUAAAAAGAAA